AUGAUUAAAGAUUCUGUUCUGAUUGGAUUGGAUUAUUAUAACAUAAUAAGACCUAGCACAACUCGGAGAACCAAAACUGAAACAUUCAACUUAAAAACACCACUUCACUUUCACUCCUUCAAAAACCCUUUCUCUUCCCGAUUCAUUCUAUCCCUUUCUUACUCCUUCAACAACCCUAGGUUGUUUCAUUCUGCUUUCUCUUCUCUCAAAGUUGUUGCUGCUUCUUCGGAUUGUGCUGACAAUCUGCUCGAGAAGUCUGUUAUUUCCCAAUGGAAAGGAAUUGGUGAGGAACAUUGCUAUGAACAAGAGCAAGAUGAUAAUACUAAAGAAGAAUAUAAAUGGGUUGAUUUGGAAAAUCAGAUUUUAGAAGAUGUCGUUCCUUUGGUUGAGUUUGUUAAAAUGAUUCUUCAUUCUGGACUAUAUGAAUAUGGCGAUAGACUGAAUCAAGAGCAUGAGAAAAUAAUUCUUGAGAAACUGAUACCGUUUCACCCAGAAUCUGAUAAAAAGAUUGGAUGUGGAGUAGAUUAUAUAACGAUUGGAUGUCAUCCUGAUUUUAAUGACUCUAGGUGCAUGUUCAUAGUGCAAAAAGAUGGCAAGAUGGUUGAUUUUUCAUAUUGGAAAUGCAUAAAGGGUUUGAUCGGGAAGAACUAUUCAUAAUGACGAUGGAAUGAUGAUUUUGGCCAUGAGAAAGAAGCUGAAGGGUUUUCGUAGAGCUUGGAUUUCUUUUGGGAGAAGAUAAACUAACAAAGCUGCGCAUCUUUUAGCUAAGGAUGCCAAAUGGUCAUCAGGGUGCGCAGGGGCGG